CGUUGGUUCCCUCCACUUGACCUGGGCGCUCACACAGCCGCCGUUUUUGUUUUUAUUUCGUGGCCGAAUGACUCGCCUGUUUCCCAGACGAAGGCUAUUUAAGAGCCGUUAAAGCACCAAGUGCCAUCAAGCCCUCACAGCUAAUCUCACUUCAGCAAUGUUUGCUCGUAUCUCAUCUUUGGCUGCUCUCCUCACUCUUGCGACAGCCACAGUCCUUCCCCGCGGGGGUGGUGACGGUGCCGCUUGCAGUGCUACUGGUACCGCGCAAUGCUGCGAGUCUACUCAGAGCCCCAGCGACUUGAGUCCCAGCGUCGUGACCCUCUUGGGCCUCCUCGGAGUCGUCGUCGGUGAUCUCACUGCCAAUGUUGGUCUGACCUGCAGCCCCAUCUCUGUUAUUGGUGUUGGUGGAACGAACUGCGAUGCGCAAACCGUCUGCUGCGACAAUAACAAUUACAACGGUGUCGUUGCCCUCGGUUGCACUCCCAUUAAUAUCGGCCUCUGAGGGACCGGGGACA